AUGGCGGACGGAUGGGAUGCUGAGAAGGUCUUCAACUCCACUGUGUACGGCUUUACAUAUGAUGAUCUCAUAUUAAUGCCGGGGCACAUCGGAUUUGGCAUAGAUUCUGUAGACCUUUCCACGAAGCUAACGAGGGGCAUCACCUUGCGCCUUCCGUUGGUUUCAUCCCCAAUGGAUACGGUUACUGAGCAUCGUAUGGCUAUAGGCGUCGCCCUUAUGGGAGGUAUUGGAAUUAUCCACAACAAUAUGGAGAUCUCGCAACAGGUACAGCAAGUGAGGAAGACCAAGCGCUUUGAGAACGGCUUUAUAACCGAGCCGUUUGUUCUGAAGCCUACGGAUACUGUUUAUGAUGUUGACUGCAUCAAGAAGAAAUACGGGUACAGCUCCGUCCCCAUUACAUCUACUGGGACACUCGGAGGGAAGCUCGUUGGGAUCGUUACAUCGAGAGAUAUCGACUUCAUCACAGACAGGCACACUCAGUUGAGUGAAGUAAUGACAACGGACCUGAUAGUAGGUCACGAGCCGCUCAACCUCACCCAAGCUAACGAGAUAAUGCGGAAGUCGAAGAAAGGGAAGCUACCUAUUGUGAAUGCCAACUUCGAGCUUGUCGCCCUAGUGUCUCGCAAUGAUCUCAAAAAGAAUAGGGAGUAUCCUUUGGCAUCGAAAGAUAAUAACAAGCAGCUGCUAGUGGGAGCCGCUCUUUCUACAAGGCCAGCGGACCUUGAAAGAGCAAAGGCACUGCUGCAAGUUGGAGCGGAUGUUUUGGUUGUCGACAGCAGCCAAGGUGAUUCAGUGUUCCAAGUUGACAUCGUGAAGCAACUCAAAUCGGCGUAUCCUAACACGCAGAUCAUCGGAGGUAACGUCGUUACGGCGAGGCAAGCGAAGUCGCUCAUAGACGCUGGAGUUGAUGCCUUGCGGAUUGGCAUGGGUAGCGGCUCCAUCUGCACUACUCAGGUUGUCUGCGCCGUGGGGCGUGCCCAGGCAACCGCUGUCUACCAUGUCAGUAAAUAUGCAAGAGAAGUGGCAAACAUCCCCUGCAUCGCUGACGGUGGCAUCCAAAACUCAGGGCAUGUAGUAAAGGCGCUAGCCCUUGGAGCCAGUACUGUGAUGGUUGGAUCUCUACUGGCAGCCACGGAGGAGGCCCCAGGGGCAUACUACUUUCACAACGGUGCCCGCGUGAAGAGCUACCGGGGCAUGGGAAGCAUAGAAGCCAUGCGAGCUGCAUCAGGAGCAGGAGGCCCGCAGCAGCCUCAGGGUGACGGCAGCACCACUCCAAAAGCAGCUGCUCCCUAUGGCUCCGCGGCGCGUUACUUUGCAGAGGGCCAGAACGUGCGUGUGGCGCAAGGCGUUACAGGGUGUCUUGUCGAUAAAGGGUCAAUUCGCAACCUGAUACCUUACGUCAUGCAAGGAGUCAAACAUGGACUACAGGAUGCAGGAGUGUCUACCAUUCAGGAGCUUCACGAGAAGCUUUACUCCGGCCAAGUUCGCUUUGAUGUCCGGUAG